UCUUUUUGGCGAGCAUCAUAUUCUCGGUAUCAAGAAGGCAGCGACCUAAGAAGAGAAGCGGCAGUUUCCACAACAGCCUAUCGGUUGAAAUCCAAAUGGGUCACAACAAGUCUAGAAAGUUCAAGAAUCAUCAUACACAAGGUCAAUCUAGUCGAACACAUCAACCAAACCGUGAAGAUGAAUCUCUUCCUGUUGAUCCAGAAUCUGAAGAAGAGUCAACAGUGGUACCCAACAUUCAGCUAGCCAUGUGGGAUUUUGGGCAGUGUGAUGUUAAAAGGUGUACAGGGCGCAAACUAGCUAGAUUUGGGUUUUUGAAAGAGCUGCGAGUAGGAAAUGGUUUCGGAGGCAUUGCUUUAAGCCCUGUUGGACAACAGUGCAUCUCAAGGGAAGAUUCAGACCUGAUAAAAAGAAAAGGUUUGGCGGUUGUAGAUUGUUCUUGGGCACGGUUGGACGAUGUACCUUUUACAAAGCUACGAUGUGCUGCUCCCCGUCUAUUACCAUGGUUGGUAGCUGCUAAUCCAGUAAAUUAUGGUCGACCCUGCGAGCUAUCUUGUGUUGAGGCGUUAUCUGCUGGUUUAAUUAUAUGUGGCGAGGUAGAAAAUGGUGAGUUGUUGCUAAGCAAGUUCAAGUGGGGCCAUGCUUUCUUGUCCCUCAACAGGGAGCUUCUAAAGGCAUAUUCCAAAUGUGAGAACAGCGCUGAGGUUAUUGCAUUUCAAAAUUCUUGGCUAUCUGAGCAAAGUUCAAAAGUUCCCAAGGUUUUGGCUAAGGAAGAAGGGGAAGGCGAUGCAUGCCGUAGUGAAGAUGAAGGAUCAGAUGAUGGUCUUCCACCGCUUGAACGGAAUUUAAACCAUAUUACUUUGGACGAAAGCGAUAUCGAAAGCGAGUAAUGUGUUACUUGUCGUAAUCGUCUCAUAAAUUACCAGAAUAUUGAUAUAUAGCUUUUUCUUGGCUCUUAUGUUAGAACCCUUUCACAUAUAUGAAUAGAACAGUUGGUAAUGUUGUUAGGUUGGUUUGAAGUCUUGAUCUGCAAGUGCUGAUUGACCCUCAAUAUUUUACUGAAUUCUUUAUGAAAUAGUUUAUAUGCCCUUUGGGGUAGAGAAAUGAUUUUCGUAC